CUACAAGAACACAACCACUCGAGAACCUCCCACGAUGCGAUUGUUUUCCACCUCUCACCUAUCGUUCCUCCUGUUCGUCCUCGUCGCCCUGUUUCAGCCAUCCCUCGGCGCCAAAUCCGCCGCAACCUCCUUUUGCAAAUGCAUCUGCUUCAACAAUAGUACCAUUAUCGCGCUCAACCCUCCUCCGCCCUCACGAAGAGCCAGCCAAUUCCACAGUCUAGACAUAAGAUCCCCGGGUGACUAUGCAGAAGUAGCCUCACCGGUACCUGGCUGGUCACACAAAAGAGACACAGACGAUGCAGAAGGCGCAGCAGCAAAAGAUGAUCCGCUAUCGUCACCAUCGUCGUCGUCGUCUUCGUUGACGGCCGCUUCCACAACCACCACUUCAACCACCGUGGCCGUCGACGACGGAGACGAUGCCAAUGACCACCCACCGCCACCCCCUCCGGGCCGACCACAUAGAAAUCGCAAACUCAGCUGCUCCGACUGCACGAGGGCUUUCUGUCUCGACUACAACCUCCCCAUAUGCAAGGACGCAACAGAGGAGGACGUAUUCACUACAUGUUUUCAACGUGACUCUCUCAAGGACGAGACAGUGGUUGUGGUCUUCAUCUUCGCUACAGCCGGUCUCCUGGGUUGGGCCCUGGUGAAACCAUGGAUCGAUCGUCUGAGGGAACGCAAUACGUUCACACCGAUUCCUCAACGAGAUACACCACGCGUUAACAUCGGUCGUUGAACAACCUCUCACACUCAGAAACAGAAACCCUCAAAAAAGCCACGAUUGUUAUCUAAGCAGGUGUUUUCCUGCAUAAUUUUCCAUUGCAAUCAAGAAGGGGGUAUCUAGCUCAGUGUAUUUACUCAGCUUCGUCUCGGCCAUCAACGGCAUAAUAUCCACCAAGAAGUAGUACGCCGGAACCACACCUGACCCCGAAAACCAAGCACAAGAAAUAACAGGCCCUAAAAAGAAGACAUUCACGCCAAUAUGCUGCCAUUAAUCGCCUGCUUUUCUGGAUGUGUGAAAACUGUGCCAUAUCUCUCAACAACUUUUGUCAACGCUGAAUCGCUGUUCUUUUUGGGGGGGUUUUGAAGAAGGAUGAUCAAUGCUUGCUUUGCUGAACGUUCAAGAAAGGAAUCCAACCCGCUCACGCUUCGGGAGGUUGGUCUCGCCGUCCCAUUCCUCCUUCCAGCCAACAACUUCCCAAGCGGUCGAAUUAGCCAUACGGUCCUUAUUGGCCACAGUUUGUGAGCUCUGGAUUUUCUGGCGACGGACUUCUCGCUCGGCAAUGAUGCUAGCCAUGAGCUGAGGAGCGCCGGCAAUGUUGUUUCUCUGGAGGAUUGAAUUGAAGUAAAACAGAUGCUCAAAGUCGAUGUUGAGGAGAAUGUUGGUUGCCACAGUGUCUCGGAAUGUCGCAGUAGAAGCGGGCAUGAGCUCGGAUUGAGGCGAGGUAGGAGACAUGUCGGCGGAAGAUGGCAUGGAGCCAAAGACCAUGGAAGCCAGUGCUGGUUUGUGCUUGACACGGUUACCGUCGAGCAUCGGGAAUCGAGUUGCAAAGUGAAUUGGGGCUCCGGCGGUGUCGACCUUGAACUUGGUCACGUCCAUGCGAGCUGCCAGAAAGUGGAGGAUGGGUCUGAUGAUGGCGUUGCUAGCGACCACGUAGUCAGAACCAGUCGUGUUCUUACCAGACGAGACCACGGGUGAGUUGGCAAGGUCGAUAGCAUGCUUGUACGUGACUUCGAGGAUGUCCCAGUCGACGUAGUUGAACAAGAGUCUUUCCGCACAUACAGACACCUGGUC